CCCGGCGGCCGGUGGGGGCGCUCGGCGUGCCAGCGAGGACACCGGCGCCCGCCGAGGCGAGAGGGGACCGGCGCGGCGCCUUUGUCUGAGCGGAGCGGUUCGGCUCGGCUGCCCCGCGCGGGGCUCGGCCGCGGCGCUGCUCGGUGUUGUGGUGCGGGCGCGGCUGAGGCGGCGCCGGGAGCCUCCACCCCCGGCGCACCCUGCCCGUGGCUCAUCAUGUGACGCGGGAUUGAAGUGGAUCUAGGGACGAACGGAUGACUGAAUAUUCAUAUGAAGAGGAAAGCCAUAAAAGACAUCAGCGCCUUUGAAAACAGAAUGUUAAUGCUGGAUGGGAUGCCGGCAGUCAGAGUUAAAACAGAGCUGCUGGAAUCUGAGCAAGGGUCUCCAAACGUCCACAACUACCCAGAUAUGGAAGCUGUACCCUUGUUACUAAACAACAUGAAGGCAGAUCCCCCGGAGGAUUCAUUAUCUACAGAUCAUUUCCAAACACAGACUGAACCAGUGGACUUAUCAAUAAACAAAGCCAGGUCGUCCCCUACAGCAGCUUCAUCUUCACCAGUUUCCAUGACCGCAUCAGCCUCCUCCCCUUCUUCUACUUCUACUUCUUCUUCUUCUAGUCGACCAGCUUCAUCACCCACGGUAAUAACGUCGGUAUCCUCAGCAGCAUCUGUACCAUCAGUAUUAAGUCCAGGUCCUCUUGUGGCCUCUGCAUCUGGUGUCGGAGGCCAGCAGUUUUUGCACAUUAUCCAUCCAGUUCCACCUUCAAGCCCCAUGAACUUGCAGUCCAAUAAAAUGAGUCACGUGCACCGUAUACCCGUUGUGGUACAGUCGGUACCUGUUGUCUAUACAGCUGUGAGAUCACCUGGGAAUAUGAACAACACUAUAGUAGUGCCACUGUUGGAGGAUGGGAGAAGCCACGUCAAAGCACAAAUGGACCCCCGAGGCCUAUCUCCCAGACAAAUUAAAAGUGACAGUGAUGAUGACGACCUGCCAAAUGUGACCUUAGAUAGCGUUAAUGAAACUGGAUCCACAGCGCUCUCCAUAGCCAGAGCAGUACAAGAAGAGAGCAUGUGGGGCUGUGCCAGGUCAGCUGCUAACCCUUUUCGUUUUUUCAACUCCAGUUCAAUUUCACCAUUCAGUAUUGAGAGCACAAGACGUCAGAGAAGGUCUGAGUCUCCAGACUCCAGGAAGCGGCGCAUCCAUCGGUGUGACUUCGAGGGAUGCAACAAAGUAUACACAAAAAGUUCCCACCUGAAGGCUCACAGGAGGACACACACAGCUCUGCAGGGGCUGGGUACGCCGGACUCAUUGAGGAGAAGGGCUCAAAGCAACACCUGGGAACUUCAGCUGAGUGACCCAUGCUCACAUCUUCCCGUCAGCUGGCUUUUGUUUCCUGUCCAUAGUGAUACUCUUUUAAAGGACAAACAAACUAGUUCAGGAGAAAAACCCUACAAAUGUACCUGGGAAGGCUGCACCUGGAAGUUUGCUCGCUCUGACGAACUGACGAGGCAUUACCGCAAGCACACAGGAGUGAAGCCAUUCAAGUGUGCAGACUGUGACCGCAGCUUUUCCCGCUCAGAUCACUUGGCGCUCCACCGCCGCAGGCACAUGCUGGUUUGAGAAACGCUACCUAUUCCAGCCGAGCUUAAGAGCUGGGUCUCUUAACUACCCGGAGUGAAUUCAGCAGGGCUGAAUCCCCUUCUACAGUGUUAGCAGGCAGGGCUGUCUCUGCUAUCUGUAACAAAAAAUAAUAACAAAAAAAAAGCAGGAAAAGAAGUGCCACUCUUCUCCUCGCCAUCUGAAGCUAACCCCAUCUGCCCCUCAGCAUGGUUACCCCCCAAAAGUGUCAUCACAAUCGCCUGGGAAAUAGCAGUCGAAAUGCUACAGGAAUGGGCAUUAUUUUACAUGCUGCAUCCUUUGAGAAAAAAUGUUUAUAGCUUGUAUGUUUUUUCAGCUGUUGGACAUUUUGUUCCUGAAAAAUCACUGCUGAUUGGAGGAUUAGAUACCACAAACCAAUGAUGAUGAGAGCAAGACCGGUAGACCUUUAGUAUCCCAUCUCUUCCCCUUGUUUUGAAUACCACCUGGCCAGUGUCAGCAUCACGCCUGAGCUGUGCUACAAAUGAGCUGCAUGGGAGUAGGCGAGAAGAGAGGUCCUGCUGGAGAGGUCCCACCAUCAGAGCUGAAGGGUUACUUGAGCAGACUAUUGCAAUAACAAUGGUGGCAUUCUAAUGUUGUACCACAAGUUGUCAUUAUGCCCUAGAAGACACCAGCCAUUUAACCCUUUUCUUUUAUCUUUUUUUUUCCUUUCUUUUCUUUUGUUGUUGUUAUUGAAGUCUGUAAAAUAAAAAAGGGGCAGCAGCAUUUCUGCUGCAAGUACAACAUCAAGUAUCUGUAUUUUACCAUGGACUUCUUUAGAACCAUUUUCUGAUUUGUAUAGAGAAAGCCAAUCUAAAAAUUACUAUCCCGUUCUCAAAGCAGAGUUUUGUUUCGUGCAGGUAUCCUCUUCGCCAUGACCAGUGUUUGAAUACGAGGAAAUAGUCCGAUCUUAUACUUGCUGGUACCAAGGUUAGCGGUGUAGCCAUCCAUGAAAUGGAAGUGAAUGUACCAACAACGCAAAAUAGAGAAGAAACAGCUGAGUCUCUUUGCAGAGAAAAAGCAAUAAUGAGUAAAAUGGCUCUCGAGACAAUAAUUUACUCCACACCAACAGAAGGGAGGUAUGCAGAAAUUGCACGUAAGAUAAUUUAAGUUAAUCUUUCUGAUGGUUUCACUGACCUGCUAGUUACCACAAUUAAGUACUUUCAUUUCCUUUAACAUAAUGCUUGCUUGUGUCUGGAAAGCAAAACAUAUAAAGAAAAGAGCUGAGUGUUGAAGAGUCAGUGGAUGAACUGUAAGUAGGAAGAAGAAAUGGUUCUGCAGUGGUGCUCUGCAAGACAUUAGGUUUCUCUUUGGGAGUUAGGGAAUAACAGGACGUUGCCAGCUGUCUGUUACGAUACAAAUGCUCCUUUAUAUGGGUAUCAGUGGCUGCCUCUGCUGGGAUUUUCAAUCCAAGCCUUUUCAGAUUAAAUAAAAGGAAAUUCUUGAUCAUUCCCAUACAGCCCUAUAAUUGUGAAUCAAUUUGUAUUAAUUAAAUUAUGUAGGAAAGAGAGAAACUCUUAGUCAUCAGUUGUUCGUGAAAACAGAAUAGUGUUUUUCUGUUUUCCUUCUUCACAAGGAUCUGCCUAUUCAGCUAAAUGAGACAAAGAGAAGGCUUGGCAAGAUUUUUUAAGUGUUGAGAUUUUUAUAGCUUAGAGAUAAAAGAUGUAUACAUAAAGGUCUUUUGCAAUGCAUUUAAUUACAAAUAUUUGGUUCCAGGAAUUGCACAGAUUAAACUUGUGAUGCCACUUGUUCAUUUUUAAAGGUUUGAUCAGUCUGAAUUCAGCUCUGAUUCCUGAAGUAAUAGUUGCAAUGUUGGGAACGGGUUCUGAAGUCAAGAUAAUCUUUAAGAAAAAGCAGAACAGAGAACCCUUACAAACACUGAAAGUAACUGCAGUUUAUUGAGGAUUAACAAGACUGGGAUAAUACAUCAUAACAGCACUUAGAGGCUCCAGAAUUUGAUUGUCUUUAAAUACAUUGUUAAUGUUCCCCUAUACCAGAUAAUCUAUCAGUCCCCUAAAAGAAGAGCUUUAGUACUGUUACUAUUCAAUUUCCCCUCUGGUGAGUGGUCAGCAUAGAAACUCCAGACAAAUUAUUAGCAGCCAUAGGUUGAUAGCCAUCUGGUUGAUGCCCAGUCCCUGGAGACUUUCAAGGCAGGGCUGGAUCAGGCCCUGGGCAAUCUGAUCUAGCUGUGGUGUCCCUGUUCACUGCUGGGGAGUUGGACUAGAUGGCCUUCAGAGAUCCCUUCCAACUCUAAGGAUUCUGUGAUUCUGCAAUUUUAUGAUAGUGGGAAAAACGUCUCUCACAUUCCCACUGACCGCGCUGGUGAUGAACUUCCAUGCAAUUUUGCAGCGUUCAAGCAUCCAGCUCAGAACUGGGCAUUAAGCAGCAGUGCCAAGUGUUGAUGCAGUUUAAAAUGGCUGAAACAGAUCGGGGCUUCUUGAUAGCCCAUAAGCCAUUGUGGAGCAACAGAACUGGGUUUUUGCCAACAGCAUUACUUGUUUCGUUUUAAAAAAUGGUUGUCAGUGUUGUGCCUGAGGUGGUUCAUGGAUUGCAUCUGAGGUCUAUCAUUUAUGGACUUUAAGUUCAUUCCCUUUAAAUGGAUCAGUCAAUCUCAGUGUUUUGGGAAAGAAGUCAGGUCAGGUAAAAGUCAAUUUAUAAAAUUAUUUUCCUGACCAACAGCAUUUUACCUACUAAUUGCCUAAAUAGCAGCAGGAUCUGUGAUUUUGUUUUUCCCCCAUAGAAAAUGAAGUUUAUUUGACCAGAAACAAGUAAAGACAUUCUGUUAGCAUUCGAGAGGAACAAGAAGAGAUCUUCUCUGAUGUUGUUCACAAGAGCUGAAUAUAACUCAGAGGGACCAAUGUCUUCUUCAGGCUUCUGUGUAGUGAAUGGGAAGAAAAAAACUCUGAGAGCAAUUGAGAGGCUUUAAAUUUCAGUAUGCAGCUUUGAAUUGUCCUGUGCUGACUGCAUGGAUGUCCCGUAGGAAGCUCGUUUCCCAAGGCAGAAAUCACUCUUUGUGAACCCCUUGUCUUUCAGCUGGUUACUUUAUACAUAUGAAACUGCAGCAGAAAGAGGGUCUGGUUUUAUUCAAAGAACACCAGAGUGAUUAAGGGAUAAAGCAGCACUCACAUCAAGGGAAAUAGUCACAGAAUGUGUCAAUGAGAAGAGAAUGAAGCCAAAAGAUUGGGAGGUAUACCCUAAAUUUUCUUAUUUAGCAGCAGGAAAUGUAUGCUUGGCCUUUCCAGCAGACAUGUAAGAGCUUUUUAGGCUGCUGUUACCUCUUGACAAUUUACACAACCAGCAGUCAUCUACCACUGGGUGUCAAGUAGGCAGUAUGAUCCUUGGCAAAUUUCUCAUUUGUUCAGAGCCCUCAGGCUCCAAAUAUUCUGUGUGAAUAUUUUUGAUUUUGCUUUCCUCUUUGGAAGUGUUUUAAGAGAAGUUACUUUGUGGAAGGAGGGUGUUGGGACAUGGAGUGGAUGUCCCCCACGUUCUUAGGGUGUUCUUCCACCUGUGUUCCACCAAGUUCCUGUGCUUCUGCAGAGACCAAGGGCAGCUGCUCCGUAGUGGUUUCCUCAAAAAUCACAAUAUCUCACCACAGUGCCGUGGCAUUGCAUAACUGUGGUGAAGGCUGACAUCAUAUGUGGCAUGCAGAAAUACCAGAUCUUGUCUUGGCACAGCACAGUAAGUCCAUCUUAAUUAACUGAGCAGUUGGGAAAUACAAAUAUACAGCGUCCCCGUCCUUUCAGAAAGACGGAGAUUUAUGCUUUCCAGUGUGAAGAAAGGAUGGGUAAUACCCACUGUGAGCAUUAUGGCUUACAUGGGAAACUCUGCCAUGAAGUGUCAGAUUUCAGAUGUUUUCAAAAGGAUUCAGUGGAUUUGUCAGGAAAUCUCAGUAGCCAGCAUUACAUGAAAACAUAAUGAGCAAACAGCUUUGAUACAGAACUUUUUAUAUUUUAAAUUGCCAUUAUUUUUUGAGCGUCUGUUUUAUUCAGCACUGUAAAAUUGGCUCAUUGCAACGGCAGUUUAUACUGGGAAUGAAGAUGCAGUAUUCCUUAUUCUCCUUCGUGCUUACACAAUUAAUGAAAUAGAUUUAGACUGACUUGUAUAUAUGAUUAUUUGCUGGAGUAAUGUAUAACAAAAUUAACAGUGUUAAAAAUGACAUCAGUGAUGUUGAUGUUUGGGAUAAGCCUACAGUGCAGAGCAUGGACAAAUAGUUGGACAACCUUUCUCCCCUUUAAUAAUGGAAUAGCAGUGAUCAUAAAUCUCGUUUUCCAUUAGCCAUAUUGAAAAUGUAUUCUAGUUACCAUUUAUAAAUUUAUCUUCUGAUAAUAAAUGAUGUUUAAUGGAAAAAAUCUCUUUUCUCCUUUAUUGAAGGUGGGUACCUCAAAUCAGAGUAAGAUUCACCAUUAAUACCCUGCUUAUUUUUUAGUUUGAACGUUGGUUUGGAAAGGCCAGUGUGAGGAACCACAUCUUCCACAGCAGAUGUGUCUAAAGUAAAUCCGCCCUGCUACAUGCUCACCCAAACACCCAUGCAUAUAGAUGCCAGCAUUUCCACAUCCCUCCUCCCAUCAGCAGAUAGAGACAAACAUGUUUGUAAAAACAAAGCAGAAGAUGAAGAAUUGGGAAUAAAUUGGACAUAAAAGGAAAUACUACCUUCUUAAGAAACCAGCUCGUAUUACUGUAUUAUGCUUUUGCCUGUGAUUUAUAUCUGGAGAAGCACACAGAUUUAAAGAUGAUUGUUAUAUUUUCACAGUUUCAUGAUAGCGUUACAGUUGCUGUGUUAUAUGCUUAUGAAGUCGUACCCGUUGGUACCUUAAAAGUGCUUGAUUUCUGAUCAACUGCAGCAGCAAAGCAGUUUUUAGUAGGAAAAAAAAUGUAGCUAUAAGGAUACUGCAUCUUUAGAAAUCGAAAUGCAUUGAAAGUAUUUUACUAUACUUGUAACAGUUUAAAUAUUCUGUAAUAUAUGUGAUAGUGGAAAAGUAUUUUCAAACUCACAGUUUUUCAUGGGGUGUAAAUAGGUUAAAUGAAGUACAUUUUUAAAAAUUCUUCAGUUUUCAUAAUGAAAAAAAUUGUUAGAUAUCAUGCCUUGCAAAGCUUACACAGAAAAUGCUGAGAAGUAAAUUAUUCUGUUUUGGCAGAACGUGUUUUCUCUGCAAAAUGGAGUAGCCACUUCUUUGCUGUUUCGCAGAUGGUGUGCAAUAUAAUGAAGUCAUAUCGAGUCCUUCAGCAUCAAAUAAGUCAACAUUCAGAAUGUCUUUGACUGAAUAAAGGAAAAAAAAAACACUUAAUGAAAAUGAAAACCAUAUGAAAAGGUUUGGUUUGGUUUUGUUUUCCUUCUGGCAAUUUACAGUGAACUGCAGAUACAGUAACAGCAAGCUCUCUUUUGAUUUUAUUUGUUCUUGUAUUUCCCUUGACUACACUGCGUCUCGAAAAAAGGUUGCAGAGCUGAAAUAGGCAGCUGCUCUUUGCUGAUUGCAGGGGUGUUCAGUCUUCGAGGUACAGUAGUAUGUCAACAGUCCAAUGGUAGCGGGACAGCUGUGACAUUUAGAAUGCUCGUAUACUCCAGCACGGUAGCCUAAAAUCCAUUUUAAAAGACGAAACAGAAACUGAAAGUGCCUGUUAUUAGAACUGAUGGGAUGUUCCUAUACUUUUACACAGCAAUAACUUAUGGGAUUCUGUCAACAAUAAGACGAAAAUAAAAUUAAACUCUGAGAACAAUAAUGCAGCACAGAAGCGAACACAAAAGUGCCAUUUGUAUUUUCAUGUCGACGUAUUUUGUUAGGAGUUUUAGUUAGUUUCUCAAAUAACGUCUGUCAGAUAUAUGUAAGAUGAAAAUGGAUCCUCGUUUACAAAUUACUCAUAUCCAUAUGGAUUCCAAGUAGGUGUAAAUGGAGAUCACUGUGUUUUGUGGCAUUGCUUCCUAAUUUAUGUCUGAUUUGCGCAUAUAUCCGUGGUAUUGUGUAGUGAAAUAACCACAAAACCAGCAACAAGCCCAAUGGAGCUUCUUUAGGGUAUACACCAGAACAGAUUCCCUUGAAAAAUCCACUGCAUUGAAUUCUGGAGUUGAGUUCACUGUAUUUCUCUUUUCUAUUCUUUUUUUGUAGUACUAAUGUUUAAUAGCAUCUUCAAAUUGGAGAGGUCAAAAUAUAUCACUUUUUAAAACUAUUAUUUGGGGGAGAAAUAAGUAAAAAAAAGUGGAGGCUAUCAGUUUAGAGACUAUCUGAGUGACAAACAAGAAGCUGAUAUUCUUAGAAUGGAGAAAGGAAUUUUUUUUAGUAUGAAGUGUCCUAAACGAAUGCAUCAGUGGGCUGGUGGAUCUCAUUAGAAAAUGACCAGCUGUGUCUCUUCCACUCUGUUUUUCAAUUAUUUUUAAUCUGGUAGGUUUCUGUCAAAAAGGAAAAAAAAAAAAAGAUUUGCUAAUGGAUUCUUAAAAUAGCAGAGUGAUGCCAUCCCUCACACUUCUGCUUCUAAAAAUCAGUUUAUUGGAGAUCAAAAUGUAACUGGUUCUCCUGAUGCCAAGAAAGAUUGCUUUCCAUUCUCUAUGGUUGUACCCAGCAUUUCCCCAUGCAGAGUAUGCUCCCACCAGUGGGUUGCUGUUUGGGUCAGAGAACGGGCUUUCAUUUUUAUUCACCAAAGCAGGAUAGUGUGUGCAUGAAGACACUCAAUGCAGAAGAAAGUGGAGAUGCAAAGUAAAAGCAUGUGAACCUGCAUGUGAAAACUAUGACACCAAUGCAUGCAGGUUAAUCGUGUGAUGACCACUAGUUCAGUAACAACUUAUAUCCGUUAGGCAUCAGUGGAGAUAAUCCCGUCAGAACAUGCAUGCGCUUAUUCUGUCAUCCUGAACUUAAUUUGCAAAUAUUAAGCACAUAAAAAAGAUGUCAUUUCAUGCUGGAGGUUUUAGGAGAGCACCAGGGAAUGCGUCAGGAGAAAGGAAACGUGAGUUUGUUAUACCUGAGCUUCUGUUAGAGAGGAGGUCUCAGUUCACUGCACUGAAGCAGCAGUGCUCCAAGGAGGUACCCAUAGAAACCUGCCACGCUGGGCUGACUCCAGUGCUGUGUGUGUUGGUUCUUGCAUAGGAAAGGGCACCAAGCCUUCUACGUCAUGAAAUGAGUCAGACUUUUUUUAUGUCUUUUUGAAAAACAAGAUAUUUGCUUUUCUUUUAUUGAUUUGCCAGCAACGUGCUUACUGAUUUCGAAUGAUGAAAUUAACUGAGUUGCUUUUGGAGCGAUUUGUAGACUAUCCAGUAAACAACCAUUCAGUUCUCUGGACUAGCAAAACCGUGAAUGCAAGUUUUAGCUGUUGUGAAAAUAAGAACGGUAAAAGUUAUUUGGGAUGCUCUUGGCCGUCUGUGUGACUCACAAGUCACGUUUCCCCCAGCUCAUUUUCAAGGUGCUCUCACGUUUAAUGAAAGAACGUGAAUGGAGGUUCCUACAUUGACUUCCUAAACCUGGUUCAUGGGCCUGUCUGCAUUUGGAAAACUAUCGCUCAGUGUCUGGCAGGAGAUGCACUCAGAUAGGUGAUGGCUUUGAUGGAUUGUCAUAAACAUGAACCAUGAAAUGCAGGCAUUGGUUCAGAUGCUGCCUUUCUCCUUGUUCCCAUCUUUCUAGAUGUAAGGAGCUUCUUUGGAAAGACAGUUUGAGCCAUAACCUUUACAGGAGAACUAAAUGUUUUCAAAACUCAGAGUUUAUGUUCUCGUCUCUGGUUUUCUGAUUCCAGUGUUUUUCACUGCUAUAUUUACAUCUUAUUUUUUCAUUUAACAAAAAAAAAGAAAAAAAAAGUUUAUUUUUCCCUAUAGUCCUAUACAUUGCCUCCUUUGCAAUAUAAGUUCUCCAUUUUACACCUACACAGUGUGCUCCCUUGACCUGCUCUCUGUCACUAAGAAGUUAUAAUAUCCCAUUUGCACUUACAAUAGAAUAUACACAGAGAUAGGAAUGAAUGACUUAAGUUUCACGCACCGCCAGCCUUAAAUCCUUCAACCCACACACACAGACACACACAUGCAUACACUUCAAAUGAAAGAGAGAUUUGGACACUGCUAUCAACAUGUGGGGUCAAAAAUACCAUUAAUUUGGAAAGUUCUUUCAGCUGUGUUUAGGAAGAAACGGCAGAAUAAUGAAAAAUACCAUUCUUGGCCAAGUCGCUUAUGGAUGAAGCAAAUUCCCCUAUGGCGUUAGUUGAAUGAAAUCCUAAGAAUGGAGUUGCAUUUGGCCCCAAACUCUUCCUUAUUCAUUGGGUUGUUAAAGUUGUGUAUUCCUAUGAGCGUUCAUUUGAUCCUCCUGUGUAAAAAUACAAUAACAUCCCUUAGUUUUUAAAGUGAUUAAUUUGGGACCGAAGCUUCACAACAAUGGGAUUAGUGUGUUCGGCACCUCAUUCUUUUUCCUACGAUAAGAUGCAAAAGGGAGGGUCAUUAUCAGUAACCCCAUAGAGAUAAUAGUGUCAACAGAAGUCCUGUACUUCAAAGGAAUAAAACCACCAGUGCUAGCAAGCAAACAUCGUAGUUUCUUAAGUCUUUUCUUUCGCCUUCUUUUCAAAAGAUUUUAAAUACAAAAAUUCCUUUUCUUCAAAAAUAAUAAAAGUAAUUAUCUGAAGAUCUGAUUUCCCGAUAGUUUCCUCUGCAUUUAUAUAGUCUGUAGUGUUUAGGCAACACCUAUGUUAUAAGUUUAUUAAUAUUAUGUAAGUGUUGUUCUUGUAUUUAUGUAUAGUGUAUGUAUUGUAAAUAUACUCAGAGCUUUUUUUCCUCUUACUGUAAAAUGGUGAUUUUUUUGCCCUAUAAUAAUGUAAAGGGAAUCCCCUAAUGAAAUUCUGUCAGAGGAUGAUUAUUCCAGUCUAUUCUCAAAGAUUUAAAUGAACAAGUGUUAUCGUUUUUAAUGGUGUCUCAGACAUAUUUUGUUGGUGCAUUGCUUUUCUGUAUUCAACUUUCCUAUGAAUUGAGCUGUGAACUGAAAUAGAGUUUAAACCUUUAAAUGUAUGCAUUUGUAUAAUUAUCUGAAUGGAGGCAUGAAGGUUAAAUAAAGCAUUUUGUAUGGAACAAA